CGAAUUGUAGUGGUGUGAAUGUGAAUGUGUGUCGGAAAGGCGGUAGACAAGCGGAUAACCAGGCCUGGGUGUCCUGUAUUUUUAUAAAUAUAUCAUUUAGUUUAGAUUUAAUAUUAUAACUAUAUAGUACCCCAUUUAAAAGAAAAGACAUGCCUAGAGGAGGUAAGAAAGGAUAUAAAGGCCGGGGGAAGCAGUUUACUAAUCCAGAAGAGAUUGACCGACAAAUGAAAGCAGAACGAGAGAAGGAGGAAAAUGGUGGAGCCGCUCCAGAGAGUGAAUCUGACUCUGAAGAUGAAAGCAGUGAGGAAGAGUGUGAUAGAAAGAAGAAGGGAGUGGAAGGUUUAAUUGAGAUUGAGAAUCCAAACAGAGCAUCUCAGAAGAGCAAGAAAGUAGCUGAAGUGGAUUUGAAUGCACCCCGUGAACUUUCACGUCGAGAAAGAGAGGAGAUAGAAAAGCAACAAGCCAAAGAGCGCUAUAUGAAAUUGCAUCUAGAGGGAAAGACUGAGCAGGCACGAGCAGACUUGGCCCGUCUGGCACUUGUGAAAAAACAGAGAGAGGAAGCGGCACGUAAGCGGGAUGAAUUAAGAAAAGUGAAAGAAGAGGCAGAAGCAAGAGGAAAGCGUUAAUUCAUUGGCAAAUCCAGGAGUUGGAACAAUAAUCUGAAUGGCGGAGUUGAGUGGGAACUGUAGAAUGGGAUGUUUGACUGAAUAUGAAAGGACUCCCUGUUAUCUGUGUGUUUUUUUUCAGAAUCCACCCCCCAUUGUUCAGUUCCACUACUGAUUUUUGUUCAUUGGCAAUAGUAAAAUUAAUAAAGUUAACCUGUUAUCUCUUAGAGGAAUGGUAUUUAUCUGUAACACCAUUCCCCAUUUAAAAGGUGCAUCAUUUUCAUAGAAAGUGAGGUGUGUCGCUCUACGAAAAAACUUACUGCAAAAAGUUCAUGGCAUCAGCUACACUACAGUAAAGGUUUUGCAUUUCUUAGAAUAUUAAUUUCCUUAGCAUAAAAUUUCCCCUCUGGACCUGGUAUAGCUUCUUAUUAAAACAUAGUUUUGUGUAUAUUUGUAUUGUGUUCUUUAUUAUGUGCUUAAAUUUGCCAUUUAUUCUGCAAAGCUAAGAAGGUGCCUAAACAAACAUUCCUUAGGUUGCUGAAGCAAAGUGGAUCAAGCUUGUUGUACUGUAUGUUGGUGAACUUUGAACUAAAAAAAAAAAACACCUAGACAUUUCUUUCUCCUUUUCAUUGGAAUGUGUGACCACUUUUGUUUUUACUGGAGGUAUCCAUUUAUGUCUGUCCUAGUAAUAUACAUUUCUAGUUGCCCCUAAUUCAUUGCUGAGUAUGCUUUUCAUUGCCAAAAAAUGUGACAACAGGUCUGUCACAUGCAGUUACGUCUGUUUCUAGAGAUGGUUUCAUAUGUUCCAUUUGAUUACAUUCAUGGAAGGCAGUGGAUUAAAAAUAUUUAAUUUAGAGCAUAAAAUGGCUAUUGAAAAAAUGAGACACAUUUCCUUUCGGACAUUUUAGCCUUUAAAAUCACCGUGGUUGCACCUAAUUAACUAUUGUUUUGUUUACUAACGGUGACCUAGACUUUCAAAUGUUUUAUUUUUAGGUGAAGAUAAUGUUAUUUUUUAACAGUCUGGAGAAACGUUUUGUUUUUAGAGAUCACCUUCAGUGAAGUGAAAUUGCCAUAGACUUUUUCAUGCCAUAUUCAGGCCACAGGGUGUGAUUUUUAAUUGCAAGUUAUGUAUAAAAAGUUCAUUAAAAAUGUUAAAUGGAUUUGUUGUCAGUGCAUCACAAUUUAGAAUUUGAGGGCACUAUUUUACAUUUGUUCGUAAUGUUACAUUAUUUUACAUGAAACGAUCACCAGCUAGAUAUUUAAGCCUGGAAGACAUAUACUGAGUGACUGUAAGCCUUACAUGAUUGUGACUUGUACCUUUGUUUGUUGUGGGGAAAAUAACUGACAAACCUGUCUAAACUAUUAGGGAGCUGCUAAAUGAUGCUGUAUUCGUAUAAUAAAAUGCUGCAGUUAGGUUGUGGAACAGCCAUUUUUUAUAUGAUGUCUGUACACCAUUGCAAUGAUGAUUGGUUUCAGUGAAUUGUUGUGGUGGUUAUAUUCACUUGAAAGCUUUAGUGUUUCUUUGAAGAGUGCAUUUCAGAACUAAAGUAUUUUAAAGCAUUUUUGAAAUCUUCUGCAAUAUUUUAAAGACAAGUCUAAUUCUAAUUUUUAGGUUCCUCUUCUAAAAUAGCUAUCAGUCCCCCAGGUGGCAGCACAUUAAGCAGGAUCAGAAGGCAGUAUUUACAUAUUUAAUGCUUUGUUUCCACUUUGUAAUAUUUGAAACAAACAAACAAACAAAAACACAUUUGCAGUGACUAUUGCAAAGUAGAAUGGUGGUAAUCUGGUUGAAAUAUACAUUUUUUCUUUAUGUUGCCUGACUAAUGAUGCCUACCUCAGAUUGUGAUCACAAGCUCCAUUUCUUAGUGUUAAAGCAUUUUUAUUUGUUCUGACAUUGUACAAUAAAGACAAUAAAUUUAAAAAGUAA